AUGGAGGAGAGUAACCCCUUUGGCGAAGACCUGCCGCUGCCACCUGCUCGACUAUUCGAACGUCUGAGCCAGCUGCCUGGCUACACCUGGGAUCAAGCGAUCGAACCCUUCCACUCGACGUACAACCACUGGCACAUCUCAGGAUAUCGUCAUGCCUUGGAGUCCGACCUCUCUACGCCUCACGCCAACUCCUCAGGCCCCACCUCCUCCGGUCCCUCGAGCCUCACACGUUUCUCCCCUCGCACGGAUACCCGGCCGUCAGCCCGUGCUCUGCGCAGGCUAAGCGUCAGCGAUACCAGCAGUGAGGUUUCCCUCUCGAAUCACCAUAGCCUGGAGGCAGAUCAAGUAUGGAUCCCGGUCAUCGCGCGGAUCUCGACCAAUAUUGUGCGCCUGGAGCGGGAGUUCCACAUGCUCCGGUCGAUCGUGCAAUCGUCAGAUCCCGACUGCAAUCACACGAUACGACCGCUCGACUUGAUUAGGCUGCAACAAGACUCCGACAAUUCGAGGACAUUGCUGGUAGCCAUUUUCGAAUCUCCGGGACACGAUAGACUGCGAGACCUCGUCACCUUUGGCCCCGCCUCAUUCGUGGCAGGGUCCCGGGGUGAAGACAACAAUGCCACGCCCAGCGAGCAGGUCUCCUUGCAAGCGUUCUUCGAUUUUGCCAUUGGCGCAUGCGACUGCCUUGAGAUUCUACAUUACGGCCUCAAAACCGUGCAUGGGGAAAUCAGAGGAGAUGCCUUCCACUUCUCGGCUGAGAGUGGCGCAGUGAAAUUGGCAAACACCGGUAACGGUGCUCGAUCGUUCGACAAUGUGCUUAGCGAGGGGUGGUCCUCUGUCUCCCGUGAGCUUGGUGCAAAAUACAAGCUGCAGUUCAUCGCACCAGAGCAGACGGGGAGAAUGCCCACGGAGCCAGAUAGUCGCACUGACAUCUACGCCUUGGGCCUGUUUUUCUGGUCCAUGCUGGUCGGCAAGCUACCAUUUGAAGGCAAUGACCCAGUCGACGUUGUGCAAAAUGUGUUGGGAAAGCGGCUAAUCCCAGUAUCGGGGAAGCGAAUGGACAUCCCGGAUGCUUUGUCGGCGGUGGUUCAGAAAAUGACGCAAAAGGUCGUCCAUGAUCGCUACCACACUAUAUCCUCUGUCAAAAGAGACCUGACUCAUAUCUUGAGGAUGCUCGGAGAUGGAGAUACAGAAGCUCUGAACAACUUCCAAGUUGCGCAAGGAGAUGUGUCUUCUUUCUUCACUCUCCCCACGAAGAUGUUUGGUCGGCAAGAAGAAUACGACAAGAUUUUAGGUGUGAUACACAAGGUCAACAGGCGCCAGACGACUGCCCUCGCCAAAUCCGGGACCCAAAGUCCCGGUACAAUGCAUGCGCUCACCUCAUCUUCAUCCAUCGCUGAAAGCCGUGUUGAGAGCUUUGAGUUUGCUUCCGUGUCUAGUGAUUCAGGCUCUUUUCAUCUGCCUCCUCGAUCUAGUUCGAAUGUCACAAGCCAACACGUCGCACUGGCCAAUGCCCAUGAGGCGGCUUCUUUGGGCGGAGAUGAUCCGUCGACAACCCCCAAAAAUGGACCAAUCCAAAUCCCCGAUCCAUACAGCCAAAGCCCUCGAGCACAAUCCAGCAGAAUGAAAAGCCCAUCGCACUCUCGGUCUUCACACAACACUGACCCUUCUGUUGGCCCUCAGAGCCUCCCUUCAACCAGCUACAACACGACAAGCCAACCGGACUCAUACCACUCUCUGAUUAAGAAACAGGCCAGUAGCAAGAUCCGUCGCAACGAGCGCUGUGAAGUCAUCACCAUCAGCGGCGCUGCCGGCAUUGGAAAAACAGAUCUUCUCAACCGAAUCCAGCCCACAGUUCGCAAACUCGGAUGUAUAGCGAUCACUCGCCUAGAUCGAGCUAAGCGUGUUCCAUUUGAGCCUUUCGCUAAGCUAUUGGCGAGUCUGUUGCGCCAGAUUUUCUCGGAACGCGAUGUCACCACAGACUACCACAACAGCGUGCGAACCGCGUUACGGCCAAUGUGGCCUACCCUUCACAAAGUACUGGAACUCCCAGAGCAACUAAUGUCUCCUGGUGCCAAAUACAGGCCCACCGAUGCCAAGUCUGACCUGUUCGUGCCGGAUAAGGGUGAGCCAUCCAAGCAUGUCCGGAUCCCUGGACUCGAUCAGGGCCAGAGCUCUCUUGAUUUCUUCCUGGCCAAUGCCGCCUCGAAGAACAUGCAGCUUAUGGAUACAUUUCUUGAGAUCCUGAGAACGCUGUGCCAUUUUAAGCUGAUCACCAUAUGCCUCGAUGAUCUGGAGCACGCGGACGACGAGACCUUGGACCUGGUGCUGAAGAUUAUCAAAGCAAGACUUCCAUGUGUCAUCAUACUGGCAAGUCGUAAGGAUGAGAUUGCCUCAGACCAGGUGAGAGCUUUGUUCGAGCAGGAUCUACCGACUGUCACUCGUAUUGCACUCGAGCCACUAGACGAACAGCACGUCAUGGAAAUAAUCGCUGUGACCAUGCAUCAGGAGUCCAACCAAACAUUGACACCACUUUGUGCUGUGAUUCAAGAAAAGAGUCGAGGCAAUCCCUUCUACGUUCGAGUGAUGCUUGAAACUUGCUACAGGACAAACUGUAUCUGGUAUUCAUGGAAGGACUCCAAAUGGCUAUUCGAUCUCGAUCGAAUAUUCACGGAGUUCGUUGCUCCGGAAUAUGGUGAAGGACUUGGGCUUGGAUUCCUUACCAGACGCCUUCAGGGAAUUCCAUCGACAGCCCGAUCAAUCAUGAUUUGGGGUGCCCUUUUGGGGAGUCCAUUCUCGUUUUCUUUGGUGCAAAAGCUGCUCACGAGCGAGUUCCUCUAUUCGACCGACGACGAUAAGGAUGUCGACCUGACAUCACCUCAAAACGUGACUCUGAUUAGGCAAUCAGAAGGUGACAUAGUCGUUGGAUUGCAAUUUUUGGUUCAGGCCAAUCUACUGAACGCCGGAAAGACGGAUGACGAAUUCAGGUUCGGCAACGAGCGUCUAGUGCAGGCUGCUCUCUCGUUGAGUGAGAGUCGAAACGUGGAGAAGAUGCAUUUCAUUGUGUCGCAAGCCUUGAUGAAGUAUUACCACGACCAUCGCAGCCGCUAUUCUAUGGCUCAUCAUGUCGCAUUGGCUUCACGGACUAUCAAAUCUCGUGUUGCUAGGCGACUUGAAUACCGUCGGAUCUUGUGGGAUGCAGGACAGACAGCAUCUCAAUCCGGCGCACGUCCUUCUGCGCUUUGGUAUUUCCGCCAUUGCAUCGCUCUCCUGCAAGAUGACUUGUGGAAUGAUCUCAAACCUGACGUUUAUUACGACGAGACAAUGCGACUGUUUAUUGCAACCGCCGAAAUGGCGUGGUCUCAAGGACAAAACGAGGAAGCUCUUCAGUUGAUCGAAGAGGUCUUUGCCCAUGGAAAAGACGCUGUCAGCAAGUCAAGAGCCUGGAUCAUCAAGGCGAAGAUCUUCGCCCAGGUGGGCGAUCAUCACCAUUCGAUGGAGGCACUCCUUACCUGUCUUGAUGAGCUUGGAGUACAUCUGCGCAAACCCACCACUUAUGAGGAAUGUGAUGCUGCCUAUCUUCGCCUCAAGACCUAUCUUGAGACAGUCGACUUGAGCUCCAUUGCAAGAAAGCCAAUUUCACAAGAUCCUACUAUCAUGAACAUUGGUGCCGUCAUGGCCGAGGCUAUGACUGUCACCUACUGGGAUGAUGCGUUGACUUUCUAUCGAAUGGCACUGGAAGUGAUGAACAUUCACAUCUUCAAGGGUGGUUUCACUCAAAUCGCCAUAGGGUGCUCUCACCUCGCCAUGGUCUCUCUCGGCCGAUUCAAAGACAUUGAAUUUGGUGCGAAGCUAAGCGAUCUCUCCUUGGAGUUGCUUGAGCGCUGCCCCGAACUUUGGACGCAAAGCAGAGGCUCAAUUGUCCAUAAUCUCUACGUCAGCCACCUGCGUGUUCCCAUGGUGUCUACUCUUCCAGCCCUUGAAGCUUCACUCGAGGCAUCCUUCUCGAUGGGCGAUCCCUAUCUGACUCUAAUCAGCAUAUCAUCAAUGGCCAUGGCACGGCUGCAUCUUGGUCAAGAUAUGGCUCAGCUCGAGGCCUUUUGUGUAGAGACCCCUGAAGAAAUUCCAAACUGGCAACGAGACACCCGCGGUGGAGCUAGUCUCAUUUCCGUCCAACAGGUCGCUCGUGCCCUCCAAGGAAAAACCGAUUACCGAACUGUCGAUGGUAUUAUGUCGGAUGACGAGCACAACACAUCCGACUUCAUGACAUACCUAGAUGCUCAUUCCAGCAACGCCGAUAGACCCCGUGAUAUUUACUGGGGCCUUGCUAUGAUUCCACUCUUCCUGUUUGGUCACCACACCAGAGCAGUUGAAGUUGGCACUCAAUUACUUUUCACACGACAUAGGCUUUGGUCAGCGCGUGUGUCUUAUGUGAUCCAGUUCUACCUGGCAGCUUCCCUUCUCAUGCUUCACAAUGACAACCCCGCGCAAGGAUAUCUUGACGGGAAAAUGGAUACCAUCAUGCAAUAUAAGGCCGAGAUUGACUGCGUUCGAUCUGCCUCGGAAGCAAAUUAUGGCAUGUGGUCUUACAUCUUGGAAGCAUUGAUCGCAGAAGUCCGCAAUGAUCACAGCGCUUCCAUACAGGGGUAUGAAGCUGCUAUAGAUCACUGCCAAAUCCAUGGUUGGCCCCUCGAAGAAGCCUUGGCGCUUGAACUUCAAGGUGAAUUCCUCAUCAGACGGGGCGCCAAAAGAGCGGCCCGUGCCGUCAUUCAAGAGGCUAUCGCUGCAUGGAGCUCAUUCAGUGCCAGUGGAAAAGCAUCGCAACUGGCCGAGAAGCACGAAUGGUUACUCAAGACAGCCACCUCGGCCAAGACUGUUGAUGUCGGUUGUCAGACUGUGGACUCGCUCCUUGAGAUUGGCCGUGAGGUUGCCCAGGAAGAGAUUUUGGUCCCCCAACAGCUGGAAGAGAGUGAAAGGAGACAGCACUGGAUCGAGCAAAAUGGGAUAGCUACCGGAGAGCCAUCGCUGGACAUAUCAAGCGUGGGGCUAGACAUCAUUGACCUGUCAAGCAUCCUAGAGUCCAGCCAAGUCAUGUCUUCUGAACUCCAGAUUGACAAGCUAUUCACCAAAAUGCUCGAGAUUAUUUUGGAGUCGUGUAAUGGUUCCGACUUUGCAGUAAUCGCUACCGACUUUGAUGACAACGGCUUUGCAAUUGCUGCGGCAGGAGAUUCCGAGAAAGGACAAAAAUCCUUCCCCGAAGGUCUUCCUUUCUCAGAAAUGGAUGAUCGGAUCGCUUUGCAAAUCUCGCACUAUGUCAUGCGCACCAAGGAGGAAGUUCUCGUUCAUAACGUUCUUGAAGACGAACGUUUCUCCAACGUGAGCGAGUCUUACCUGGCCAAUUUCCCUGCAGGCAGGUCUGUCAUAGCACUGCCCGUUGUGCAAGGCGAUCAUCUCCUGGGAGUCAUUCAUCUAGAGGGAAAGCCAAACUGGUUCACACAACGAAAUGUUGUCGUGUUGCAUCUGCUUUGCAACCAAGUUGGAAUUUCAUUGUCUAACGCCUUGCUUUUCCGUGAGAUUCGAAAGGUCAGUGCGAAGAACGCAUCAAUGAUUGAGUCUCAAAAGCGUGCACUCGCGCUAGCGCGCGAAGCCGAACAGAAGGCCAAGAACGCCGAAGCCGAAGCCAAGCACAACGUCAAGCUGAAGGGAAGAUGCGAGCUUCUCAAGGGCACACCUUUAGACAAGGAGCAGGAUGAAUACGUUGAGUCAAUUCGUGUGUGCGCUGAUACUUUGCUCACACUUAUCAACGAUAUCUUGGACUUUUCAAAGUUGGAAGCUGGGAAAAUGAAGAUCUCCACCGUCCCACUCAACCUGAAGCAAACCAUUUCAGAGGUCAUCCGUGCUUUACGGUACACACACCGCGACCGAGGGUUGGAAACGAUUGAAAACUUGGAAAAGGUCCCGUCGGAACUUGUGGUUCUUGGAGACCCCGUUCGCCUACACCAGAUUUUCAUGAAUCUUCUGAGCAACAGUUACAAAUUUACACCCGCUGGGUCUGUCACGGUCAAGGCUAGGGUUGCCCGCGAGGGCAAGGGUCGCGUUCGCCUUGAAUGCUCGGUUGCCGAUACUGGUAUAGGUAUUCCCGAUGAACAGAAGGCCCGCCUCUUCCGACCGUUCUCGCAGGCCGAUGCAUCCACGGAGAGAUCGUACGGAGGCAGUGGUCUUGGUCUGUCAAUCUGCAAAGCCAUCAUCGAAGAUGUUCUCGGUGGAGCAAUCUGGCUUGAAUCCACCUCUGGGGUAGGAACCACUGUGACAUUCCACUUGGUUUUCAAUAAGGCGCCCAAGAAGACAGCGGUGCAGACCACAUGGGCCCAAGAUUUGAACAAAGCGGAGAAUGAGGCACGUCGCUCAUCAGCUCGUGAUCUCACUCAAAUACCCCGCGAUCAAAUCCGAGUCUGCAUUGCCGAGGACAAUCCCAUCAAUCAAAAGAUCGCUGUGAAAUUCGUCACAGGCCUUGGCCUUCAAUGCGAAGCCUACAGCGAUGGAAAGCAAGCCGUUGAUGCUCUUCGCGCACGAUCCGAAGAGGGCAACCCCUUCCAUGUUGUCCUCAUGGAUGUGAUGAUGCCCAACCUCGACGGUUACAACGCCACCCGUGAGCUGCGUCGCGACCCUGAUCCGAACGUCAAUGAAGUCUUGGUCAUUGCCAUGACUGCAAGCGCCAUUGAAGGCGAUCGUGAAAAAUGCCUGGAGGCUGGCAUGAACAACUACCUUCCUAAACCGGUUCGCUCGCCCAUCCUGAGUGAACUCCUCGACAAAUACCUCGCCCCGGUACCCUCCUACCCCAAAUCCCGCCUUGCCAUUCGAGAAAAGCGUUCGAGGGCCAGUAUGGAUGCUGGUGCGGGCACACCUACCAGUUUCUCCUCCUCGGCCUCUGAUGAGCCGAAGCCCUUUUCUCUGGAAAAGAAAUGA